CCACCCACCAAGCAAGUCAUCACCGCGAUACCCUCACCCCAUCGGUACGUACGGCCGCUCUCCCUUGGAAACUGUCGAGUUUUUCGAAUACCGAUCGCCCGAAUUGUCUUCUCCCCGGCGUCUACGACUGCGAUAAUCGGUGACUUGGGACUUUGUGAAACUGACGAAGCCCCUAUAGCAAUCAUGGCUCGCGGACUUAACGCGGCGCGCAAGCUGCGCCUCAACCGAAAGGAGAACCGCUGGGCGGACUUGGGAUACAAGAAGCGUGCUCUGGGCACUGCCUACAAGUCCUCGCCCUUCGGUGGCUCUUCCCACGCCAAGGGUAUCGUUCUCGAGAAGGUCGGCGUCGAAGCCAAGCAGCCCAACUCGGCUAUCCGGAAGUGCGUUCGUGUGCAAUUGAUCAAGAACGGCAAGAAGGUCACCGCUUUCGUCCCCAACGACGGUUGCUUGAACUUCGUCGACGAGAACGACGAGGUCCUCCUGGCCGGUUUCGGUCGCAAGGGCAAGGCCAAGGGUGAUAUUCCCGGUGUUCGCUUCAAGGUCGUCAAGGUCUCUGGUGUCGGUCUGCUCUCUCUGUGGAAGGAGAAGAAGGAGAAGCCCCGCUCGUAAACAAGCAGGUCAAGCGUCGGGGUUGGUAGAGAAGGGAAAACAAUUCGGCACUCGGAGUUCACGCUUUGCAUUGGCAUGGAUCAUAGGGUUACGGUCCUGUUACACUUGGAAGGCAGACAUGGUCAAUGAAUGAAAAACAAACAAAAACAAAAAGAUCAUGAAACCCUUGGCUCGCCGCUGUGUUGGCCUGGAAAUGCUACUUGUUUGAUAUGCCAUCUAUGUGUACAACACUGCUGUAUGCUACUUAUGAUACACAGGGCCCCCUUCUACCUAAGCAGUUGGCUCCGAUUCCUCCGUCUUGCCCUCCUGGCUAUAUCGUACAGCAUAAUCGACCGCUAGGCCCAAACUGAUGGCGCCACCCGUCAGCCAGCAGCCGUUGACGAACCACCACCAGCAGUCCUUGACGCUCUUGAGGUUGACGCGCUUGAUCAUGACCCCGAGCGUCACCAAGGCGCCACCGCAGCUCCCCAC